GGAAAAAAAAGUUUAAAGACUAAGAGCCAGAGAAGCAAUCUUCACACACAGGGCCAGCCAGCAGACGGAGUCGAUCCCAACCAGGCAGGUGUCCUGUGACCUGACCCCACAAGAUGCCAAGAGAAGAGGCUCACUUCUUCUAUGGUUCCUCUAAGAAGGGGCACGGCCACUCCCACAUCACAGCUGAAGAGGCUGCAGGGAUUGGCUUUCUGAUGGUGAUCCUGGGCAUUUUACUUCUCAUCAGCUGCUGGUACUGUAAAAGACGAAGUGGAUACAGAAGCUUAAAGGAUAAAAGCAUUCAUGACAGUACAAAAAGUACCUUAACAAGAAGAUGUUCCCAUGAGGGGAUUGGUCACCAGGACAGCAAACUGUCUUUUCAGGAGAACAACUGUGGACCUGUGGUUCCCAAUGCUCCACCUGCCUAUGAGAAAUUCUCCACAGAGCAGUCACCACCACCCUAUUUUCCAUGAGAGCCAGCAGGUCUUCUGAGAAGUGCUGAAAUGAUUUCCCUCACACUUUUGCUUGAAUUUGAUAUGGACACCUAGGGUUAUGCUCCAGAAGCUGUAGAAACAAUGUACAUCAUCUCUACAAAUAAAUUGAGUGUUAAAGUUUUCACAACAACUACCAAUAGUGAUUGAGGAAAUAAUGAGAAAUGUUAAAAUGGGAAAAGCUUUGUCAAUAAACAUUGUAAUGCAUGAUGCCAGUAAUAAUAAAUCUACAGUGUUAUUUUCUGAAUGAGACAAUUCAGAUGUGUGUCUGGGACCAUUCAUUUAAAGUUGAAAUUUGGCUAAUAACUAACAAACUACUAUUAUGAUUUUUGAAGAAGCAGCCUCUUGACCAACAUGAACAUUAACAGACAUGUUGCAAGUGAGUCUGUGCUAUGGGUACUCACAAAAGAUACAUUUACAGGUUUAAGACCAAGAGGUGAAUGACCUAUCAAAUUAUAGUCCAAUUCAUCUGAUCAGUAAAGUGUCAGUAAUGUCUCUUUGUUCUAAAAUUCCAUGAUGCUACAGUAAUAUACUGCAAAGAUCCUGCAUCUUCAGUAAUACAUACCAUGCAGUUCUAAUUACAUUUCACUUCAAGCCUCAUAAUUAAUGACAAGAAUUUUCUGUUAAACUAUAAGGUGGUGUAAGGACUUAAACAAGUAAAAGCUACUAUAGUUUGGCUGAUGUCUUGCCUUAAAUGUCCCAAAAGCAAUUUAGCUCCUUUGGGCUCCCAAGUCCCUCUCAAAAGAACAUAUAGAAGAAAUCAUAAAGGAUCAGUGAUUCUGUAAUGCUGCCAUUAUUUGUGUAGCAACAUAAUAAUUUUUUGCGUGGCAAUAUUACAAAUUUUUGUGUAAGAACAUUACAAUUUUUUGUGUAGCAACAUUACAAUUUUUUGUGUAGCAACAUUACAAUUUUUUUGUGUGACAUCUACAUAAUAGUGUUUGUCUAAUAUUUUUCAGUCAGCUCAUUUUAAAAGUUUUUUGACUUAAACUUAUAUAUCACCACUCUAAAUGAAACAUCAGUCUCAUUUUCCAUAAGUAGAAGAUAACUAUAAAAAUGAAGAUAAUGAAAGCAAAUUGCUUUUACUGAAACCUAGUAAGAUACUGACGGUCACAGAAGGCUGUCAACUUGAGACUUGUCCUUGUUAUUAAAGAAGGAGAUUAGCAAGAAUCAGAGAAAAGUUUUUGACGUAAUUAGAAGGCUUGCAAGAGAAAGAAAUGACUUUCUCACUAUGUGACUCACUGUUAUUUGAUGCCUACUCAGUAAACCACCUAAAAUCCUCUUGUGUCAUUGGAAAUACCAGUGUCGCAUAACCAUCAUUUUUUUGCACAAAAAAAAAGCUUGCACAGAGAGGAAAAAACACUGAAUAAAGAGACUUAUUUACAUACAUUUAAAAAAUGUUAUUUGGAGUUACCUUCUAGCACAUUGUGUUAAGGAUCUGGUGUUGUCACUGCGGUGGCCCAGGUCACUGCUGUGGUGCAGGUUCAAUCCCUGGCCCAAAAACUUCCACAUGAUGCAGGUGCAGCCAAAAACAAUAUGUCAUUGAACAAAAAUACUGUAAGAGGAGUUCCUAUUGUGGCUCAGUGGGUUAAGGAUCAGGCGUUGCCUCAAGCUGCAGAGUAGAUCACAAGUGUGGCUAGGAUUGGGCAUUGCUAUGGCUGUGGUGUAGGCUGGUGGCUGUGCCUCUGACUUAACCCCUAGCCUUGGAACUUCCACAUGCCCCAGUUGUAGCCAUAAAAAGAAAAAUAAUGAUAAAGAGAGCCCAGUAAAAUCUCUGAAACUGUACUAAAGACAAGUCUGCCUGCUUUCUCUAGAGAUUACAUGGUUGAUGGCAACUUGAAAUUAGAUAAAAUCAGAAAAUAGAGAACUCCCUGGAAGCCAACUUGAAAUACACUGAUGCUAAUAAAUGUUGCCUUAAAAAGGCCAGAAGAAAAACCAAGGACUAUUUAAACAGUUAAGUGAAGAAAAUUAAAUGAACAAAUCACUUAGAGUUCAAGUGAAUGCUCUCCAAAAGGCCAAAGUCUUUGCAGUCUGAAAAGAGUUUAAAAGUGAGAUUCAAAAACUUCAGCUAAAUACUGUCUGAACUACAUCAAGAACACAUGAUGCAAAUUUGCAGGAAAUUGAAGAGAGAAUUUACUGUGUAGAAAUUGAGAAGAAAUAUCCCAAAGUGUACAAACAUUAGUCAUAUAUGUCAGAAGCACGACCCUAGAGAAGAUUGGCUUUCACAAAGAAUUGGAAGGAAGUCUUCCCUUUUAUGAAAGCUGGAUUAUCUCCCAUGAGAAAAAAAAGAAAGUCGAUUGGCAGCUUGGCUGAGAGAAGUUUCACUGAAAUAAGAAAAUAAUCAA